UUCAUUUGCGCUUGCUGCUACAACAACAACAACAACAACAACAACGACGACGAACAAAAUUUCCCACAGAGAGAGAGAGAGAGAGAGAGAGAGAGAAUGUCUACCAACGCAGUGUCAAUGUGUUUUAAUCCGUUAAUUCAGUUGAAAAUGCGACCCCAAUUCCCCGCCAAAAAAACAACCUCAAAAUCCACAUCAAUCUCUGCUCGCAAUCAAAAUUCUCAAACUCCCACAAAUCAACAGCAACAACAACUCAACCUCUCCGUACUUCGCUUCACUCUCGGUAUACCUGGGUUGGACGAGUCUUAUUUACCCAGAUGGAUCGGGUACGGGUUUGGUUCGCUUCUCAUUCUCAACCAUUUCGUGGGUUCAGAUUCUUCUACUACCACUCUGCCACAGCUUAGAAUAGAAACUCUGGGUCUUUCAUUGGCAGCAUUCUCAAUUGUAAUUCCCUAUCUUGGAAAAUUUCUCAAGGGUGCUAGUCCAGCUGAUCAAGCAACUAUCCCCGAAGGCACUGAGCAAAUAUUUGUCAUGUCACAAAAUAUAUCAGAUAGUUUGAAGGAGGACCUGGCUUGGGCAACAUACAUCUUGCUUCGCAAUACAAACACCAUAGCUGUGUUAAUUUCAUUUCGAGGAGAAUUAUGUGCGCGUGGCUACUGGAACAUACCGGAAGAGGUAUCAAAAACAAAUUUACUUGCUUGGUUUAGAAGACAGAUGGAAAGGAUUGGCCUGGAAAAUAUAAAGGAUACUCUUUAUUUUCCUCAGAGCUCAGAUUCUGUACUUUGGGAGAUGUUACCCAAGGGGACUCGUUCUCUCCUGGUAGAGCCAGUGCUACAAGUUCGAAACUCUGGUGCCAAUCAGAUGGAAAAGAUUGAAGGGUUUGUCCUGUUGGCUUCAGGCAUGAGCUAUGCAUAUAGUGAUAAAGAUAGAGCCUGGAUAGGAGCUCUUGCAAACAAAUUUGGAGCAUCAAAAGAGUGAGGAAGAAGAGUAAAAAGAAACAUUAUCAAAGCAUGUAUCUGUUUGGUUUGUAUGCUACCUUGGUGAUCAGCUCAGCAAUUCUAGAGAAGUCACCAAUUAUGAAAGGAUGCGAUUUAUAUGAUAAUAGUGGAGUCAUCAUUCCUUUAAAAUCAUCAAUAUUCAAAAUUCCAAGAAAGAAGUGUGUAAUUUGUUCCUUGAACUAUGCAUGUCCUUGGAAACCUGGCAUUUUGCAGAGAUCAAGUCUCCAAGAAGCAUUAACGUUCUCUUGAUUUUUGGUAAUCCUGUUAAAUGUUGAUCUCUCUAAAUCUUUCCAUCAUAUACCCUGGUCAUGAUAGUCAUGAUCAUACAGAACUGAUACCUAUGUGAUAAAUGACCAGAUGAAAUAUGAUAUUGAUGAUGUGGUUUUAUUUAUUUAUUUUUUAUGAGGUAAUA